ACAUAAAAAAUUGGUUUAUUUGACGAAAGGUAAUUUAGCGAAAUAGUCGCGUAGCCCAAUAUAAUUGUUAAAAUGAAAGGGUUUUCAUUAUAUUUAGUACUAGUAGUACACGUUUUGUUCCAUUGUAUCUUUUCUGUGCAUGGUGGAGAAGAAAUACUCAGUGUUUGUUUGGACGGCAAGCACCAUAAGGAAUCCCCUGGACCAGAAGCAGAGUUGUUUGAUACAUGCUCACCGUGGAAGACCAGGUCAUGCUGUACAAACGAAACUGCCUUUUUGACACACCAGGACGGUGUGAACGGAGCUUAUAACUUCAAUUACAACCACUGUGGAAUAAUGUCGGAUAAAUGCAGACGCCACUUUAACGAAGAUAGUUGUUUUUACGAAUGUUCACCGAAUAUGGGGCCAUGGAUAGUGGAUGUUGAAAGUUCAUAUAGAAACCAAAAGUUCGAGGAUGUACCACUUUGUCGAUCGGAAUGCGUAGACUGGUGGGCAGAUUGCAAAGAUGAACUGACAUGUAAGAAUAACUGGUCUGUGGGGUGGAAUUGGACAUCGGGCGUAAACGAAUGCCCAUCCGGUGCCGAAUGCAAAAAGUUUUCCGAGUAUUUCACUGGUGCGGUUGACUUGUGUGAAAAUAUUUAUCCGCGCGAUUUCAAGGUGCCUUCCAAUGACAGUGCACCAUGCAUGGUCAUGUGGUUUGAAGGUGAAAACCCGAACGACGAGGUUUCCCGAUAUUACGCAAAAGAAAAAGGCCUAUGUUGUGGCAGCAACAAACUUAAUUAUGUUUCUUACAUAUUUAUUAUAAUUCUUGCAACAUUUUCGAAGUUUUUAACUGAAAUUUAUUAAAAAAAUUCGUUACGUAUCAAAAAUAACUGAAAUUAAAAUGCAAUGUAUUGUAAAUAAACUUAGAUUACGCAUG